GUUUGCCUAGAAGCCCUUCAUAGAUUCUGUCCGGUCUUUGAGCACCCGUUUCCAACUUCCAACAAGGGAUGGCCGAAGCUUCUCAGUCAGCUGAAAUUGAAACAAGUUGCGAUGUAUCAAUUACCAUACAAAACGGCCGCGCAAGCAAGGAGCAGAAAAUCCUCACGGUGUCUCCCCAACUACUUGAGGCGAUGGCGGAAAUUUCUCAGAUAGCUAAAACUGAAAAAAGUUGCCAUGUAUCAAUCCUUAUACAAAAUGACCACACAAGCAUAGAGCAGAAGCUGAGUUUGCCUUGGACAAUGCCAGAGCAGAAAAUCCUCAGAGUGCCUCACCAACUAUUCGAGUUUUUUAUGGAAACCUUAGAAGAAGAUUCUUUCUUCUACUUCGGUCUUAUCCGUACAAGCAUUGAGCAUGAUUUGGUUCUAGCUGAGAAUCAACUUCCCUUUUUUGUACCAUGUAAGUUGUUGGACAUAAUCCCAAGAACGUUCUUCCGGCGGUUGGAGGGUUCUACAGAUCCGAAAGGCCGGUUUAUCAGUCAGUUACUUAAAAGGUUUGAACAGAGAAUGCCAGGGCUCAGGGUUGACACAACCUAUGAUGACGAUUCCAUGAAAAAUGUUAAGCAUAUAGGAGACUUAUUACUCUCCAAUUGGUAUCCUUCAGAGAAUGCAAUCGAUGAACACCGUAAGCAGCCAAAAGAUGGAAAAUGGAAAUUCAUACGCUCCGCUACAGAACUAAGAGAGGCAGGAAUUGACUUCAAAAUGGUUGAGACACAAGGGAAUGAGAAAAGGUGCUUAUUUGAUAGCAAGUUUGAAAAAGGGAUACUAGAAAUGCCAAAAGUGACAAUUGAGGAUGACACGGAAAGUUUGUAUCGUAACCUCAUUGCCUGUGAACAGUUUAACGCUGCAUGUCCAGCAUUCGUAACUGAAUAUGUUGCACUCAUGGAUUCCCUAAUCAACUCAGGGAAGGAUGUGGAGUUACUUUGUAAGAGGGGGAUAAUUGAUAAUUGGUUAGGUGAUGAUGAAUCAGUUGCGGUAUUGUUCAACAGGCUCAGAGAUCAUACUAAUAUCUACAAAGAACAAUUCUUUUAUGCCCGGUUAUUUAAGAAUGUCAACAAGCAUUAUGAAACACCCUGGAAUAAGUGGAAGGCAAACUUAUGGCACAAGUAUUUCAACAAUCCGUGGGCCUUUAUCUCCUUUCUUGCUGCAACUUUGUUGAUUCUACUUACAGUGCUACAAACUAUAUUUACAAUCUUACCUCAUCAGUAUUGAAAUUUCAAAGUGCAAGUGACCCAAGAUGAAAUGGUAUGACCAAAAUGUGUGAGAAAUGAAAGUGUUACAUAGACUAGUGCUACAUUUGUUUUCUGUAAUUAGUGUAUUGUAUUGUCCUGUAUCUUGCUUUUUAAGGUAUGUUUUGUUGGGUUUCUUUAAGCUUGUAAGAUAUCGUAUUGUAAGUUAUCGUCUUGUAUUGAUUUGUACUGUAUUGUUAAGAGCACAGGUAAAUCCAUUACUAAACUACAUGACUAAUA